UCUAGAUGUUUUUAUAGCUUUCUUGUUAACGGAUGUUGAAUUUAAAUACAAUUGCAGUUCUUGUUUGAAGAUGUUAAAGUGGGGUUUAUAAUUAGUAUAUUUACAUUUAUGGACAUAAAUGGACAAAAACUUGCAUUAAGCAAAUGCUUGUCUUUAGUAUAAAAACCAAAAAUAAUAUAUUUAUAGCAUAAAGAAAAAAAAAUAUUAUGGACAGGGCGCUUUAACUAUCCUGUUUAGAUACACAGGAACUAGCAGGUACUUAUACUUGAAUGUCUAUAGUAUGUAUUGUAUUUUUGCUAUUUUGUACAUUUACCAUUUUGUAUAUUAUUCUUUUUAUUAUCUGUCUCUUGUCUUGUCAUCCUGUUGCACUGUAGAGCUUCUGUCACUAAAACAAAUUCCUCGUAUGCGUAAACGUACCUGGCAAUAAAGUUGAUCGUGAUUCUACUACAAUACCCGGCGUUCAUUUCGCGCGUGACGUCAGAGCUGAUUGAAUCACUGGCGGGACAAAAAAACUCCAGCAAAACCUCCAGUCACCCGACGCUUCAGCAUCGUUAUAUGAUUUACACAAAGCGAAUGACUAUAAAACUACAAGAGUCCCAUCGAUUUUGGAGUUGGUUUACAUUCGUUACAGCGUGAGAAAUGGUGGCCAAGGGACAGAAGCGUAAGCUCCAAAGGGAGGACGAGGGAGGAGGUUCGGCGUGGGAAAGGCAGCUGCAGUCCGUGCUGGACAUCUCCAUGGAUAAGUUCCACCGUCACCAGGCUCUCGUGGAGCCCUGCUUGUUACGGUCAGUUCUGAUCAACAACACACUGCGGCAGGUCCAGUCCGAGGUCCAGGCGCAGGUCGAAUCGCUGUCCGCUCUGAAAAAUUCACAACCGCCUCCUCCAGUGGAGAUUAAUGCACCUUUGUUCUCGCCGAAUGCUGAAAAUACGGAGGAGGACUUCAUGGCCUGGACCUCAGAGGAGGAUUUCUCGCUGUCUUCAGCCAUUUCUGCCAUUCUUAAAGAUCUAGAUGCGGCCAUCGACGCCGGUCAAGGGCCUUGCGCGUCUCAGCGGGCUCCGCUCGGCUCUGUAGAGAAUCUAACGCAGUGUCCCCUGAGGACCGCGAGAACGUCCGACGUGGCAUCGGCCGUCAAAACGGAGAUGAUGCGUCCGGGUUGUCCUCAGGAUGUAGCUCUAGAUAGACUUCUCCUGAACAUCGACGCGUCCGUGUUCGAUCCGGAGGUGAACCUUCUGCAGGGUUUCUCCGUAACGGCCGACGAUCUAGUGAAGUAUCUGCCGUCCCUGUCCAGAUCCCCGUCCGCAUCCUCUUCCUCGUCUUCAGUCUCCCACAUUCAGGCCCCGUGGGAAAUCCAGGAGAUAGAGCACGUUAUGGACAUCCUGAUGCGGACGUACCCGUAAAUCGGUGAAAUCGCGUUCCUGAUGUAAACGGUUUUUAUGGAAGCAUGCUGAACGUGCGAGGGAUUGAAUAAGGCUUUGCUAACCUGACGUUUAUCACCUUGAAAGCAGCUGAUCUCAAUGUCCUGUGGUUAGCAGCAGUCUGCAGUCCUCUGGUUUAUGCACAUCUUGUUCGGUUUCAAGAAAUCCUUUCAUGCUAAUUAAUUCAAGGCGUCAUUUAACAGAGUUCAGCACCUGUUAUAUCAAAUCCUUUCAAAUGUGCCUUUUCAAAUGUUAUUCUCCAAAAUAUGCACUUUCCUUUCGAGUUUAAUAUGGAUACUUAUAGUUUACAGGUUACCAUUAGGAGUGUUCUUUAAAUAGACCAAGGUCAUUAAAAUGAGUGUAUAUUUUGUUUAAAGAUAUUAUGUCCAGUAAGUGUUACGUGAGCAUUAUGAAUACACCGGUGCUGUCUCAGCAGAUAAACAAGUAGUUACCUAUGCAAAAUAUUUACUAUGCCAGUAUGAAAUUAUAACGUGAAUAUUAAUCACUUUGUAUUCUAUUGUACUUUAAAUAAAGUGGUACUUGGUGACA